AAAGACCUUUUGUUAAUCGUGAUGAUGCAACUGAUAUAAUAAAGUUGAGAAGUUGAGAGCCCGGUAGAUUAUCCGAAAGGCGGUCGUCAAGAUAAUCCGGACACCGAUUAUCCAAUACAUGGGAAUGGAAAUCUGUUUGAAGAUACCACUGGUGUUACUUACGGAUUCAUGAACUCUCAGCCAGAACAAUUUGAUCGUUCAACAUUUUUCCCAUAAUCUCCCACAUUAUCAUAUACCAAAAUGGUUUGUCACUUUUCUUGGAGCAAACUAUGGUGUCCAUGCGUGUGGUUUUUCUCACUGCGAGAAUGCUAAUAGUUAUCUAGUCAGCUCUAUUCAAUUUCCAGUCAGCGCUACUAGUGCUACUCCUCCUCAUAUGUACGAGCGCAUACGCACAUCAAUUGUUUCCCAAUAUUAUGGAUAGGAAUAAGGAGGGGUAUGGUUAUAUUUAUUUGAACAAGAUGGGAAUUGGGAUACUGACGAGAUGUAGGACUUUUACUGGGUUAUUCUGGAAGUGCGCGAGGAUAGGAGAACGAUUGAGUCCUUACAUAAGUGUUUGCUGUGUUGUUAUGGCUGUGAGUUAUAGCUUGGAUGGUUUUGGCCCAGGAUCACUAAUGAUAAUAGGUUUCUCUUUUCAUCGGUAACUAAGCGGUUGGGGAGGGACUUAUAUGGCGUUAGGUGGAUGGAUUUAUAUCAGGCUGAGGUCUAGACCUUAAAGACAUUUGGCAUAGGAGAUGGUGCUGGGAAAGUUAUGAGAGUGGCAUUCGAGCCGAUAUGAUAAAACAUUAUACGAUUAAU